AGCCAAGGACACUCGAUAUGAUUGAGAACAAAUCAUGGAAGCGGGAAUUAACAGAUAAACUUUUCAGACAUUUCUCUGGUUAAAUUAGAUUUAAUUACUCAGUUUAAAAGGAGGUCUUUUGCUACUGCCUCUGUCUCAGCUGCUGUCUUUUCCUUUUACCGAGAGGCCAGAAGCAAGAGACAGCAGAGACCAAUGUUCCCCAUCCUGUAUAAUGAAGAUAAUUAACUUCUGAUUAAAGAUGAGGAGAGAGGUUGAUAAAAAGACACCAGCAGCUCCAAAGAUUUCUCACAGCUGCAGCAAACAAUGCCUCGGUCCCCUGACCUUCCACCCUCAGGCUGUGGGACACAAGAUCCGUCUGAGUGAGGGCUGUCGACGUGCAGACAGAAGUGAAAACACUUUCAACGGUGGCCUGGUGUUCAGCAACCGCCCUGUGAGAACCUGUGAGAGGAUCCGGGUGCAGAUCCUGAAGCGGACACCACAAUGGAAGGGAGCGGUCCGUGUGGGCUUCACUAAUGUACCUCCAUCAGGAAGAUCUCGGCCUCUGCCACGCAUGGCCAUGCCAAACCUCACAGACACCCCGGGACAUUGGGCUAUUCCUGUGCACGAGUCCCGCUGUGGGGAAGGCUCGGUGCUGGAAUUCUGGGUCUCUUCUCAAGGCUACAUACAUGUGAAACCUCAUAACGGCAGGAGGAAAAACUAUCUGAUAAAAGUGGAUCUCCACCAGCCUCUCUGGGCCAUGAUCGAUGUCUAUGGUCAGACAUCUUCCAUCUUCCUCCAGGGCUCAGAGAAAAAGGAAUUGCUUUCCACUAGAAGAUCCUGCCCUGCACCUGAUCCUCUCAUCAGACCUCCUUGCAGUUUCAACCAUGAUUAUAAAGCUCCCAGUAAAAAAUCUGACUUUAUCCCCUUCCUAGACAUGGAAGUACCAGCAGCAGCUAACAGCUGUGUGGUGUGCAUGGCAAGAGAAACUGACACCACACUGUCCUGUGGACACCGCUGUUUAUGCACCCAAUGCACCUCCAGGAUCUUGAGGGAGUUUGGUACCUGCCCGCUGUGUCGCCUAAAGAUAGACACUAUUAUUGAUGAGGAAGUGACUGUUUUCUAGCUGCCUGAUGAAGCUGCCGAGAGCAUUUAUGCCAUCUAUUGACAGACUGGAGCAAGGAAAGGACUACAGAUUCAGUAACACCUACAGCAAAUUGGAUCUCCUGCUGAGCAGCAUAAUAAAAUUGAUAUAUUUUUUUAACAGCACCUUUCGAGACACUCAAGAUCACAUAAAAUAUUAAAAUACAAAAAUGCAAAUACAGGAAGAUAAAAACAAUUAUGGGGAGGGACAAUAGCAAUGCAUUUACAAAUAAGCGAGCUAGAACAGAUGAGUUUUGAGACUGGUUUUGAAGAAGGAGAGAGUCAAUACUGUGGAGGUCAGAAGGGAGUGAGUUCCAGAGCUGGGGAGCAGAGCGGCUCAAGGCUCUGCUCCCCAGCUGGAUUGAGGAGGAGGAUCUAAGGGAGCGGGAGGAGGUGGUGAUGUGAAUGAGGACUGACAGAUAUGGAGGAGCAAGGUUAUGGAAAGCUUUGAAAGUGCAAAGAAGGAUUUUGAAUUGUAUUCUAAAUUGAACUUGGAGCCAAUGGAGUUGCUGAAGAACAGAUGUAAUAUGAUGGAAAGAGGGGGUUCUGGUGAUGACACGAGCUGCUGAGUUCUUAAGAAGUUGGAUUUUAUGGAGGGAUUUAUGAGGAAGGGCAAAAAGAAGAGAAAUACAAUAAUCAAGACGGGAGGUGAUGAGUCUGUGCAUAAGGACAGAGGCAGUGUGUGUGGUAAGGGAGGAACGGAGGCGGUUAAUGUUGCGAAGGUGGAAGUAUGCAGACCGGGUAAUUUUAUUUAUGUGUGACUGAAAGGAUAGGAAGGAGUCGAGGAUGACACCUAGACUUUUGACGUGAGAGGAGGGGGAGACCAAGGAGUGAGAAACUACUGAUUUUGGAUAGGGUGAAUUUGGUGGUGACGAGGAGGAGUUCGGUUUUAUCACUGUUUAGUUUCAGGAAGUUUGAGAUGAACCAGUCUUUAAUUUCAAGUAAGCAGUUAGUAAGGGACAAGGGGGGGAAAUGGAGGAAGUGGGUAUACUGGAUAAAUAAAGCUGGAAGUCAUCCGCGUAACAGUGAAAAUUAAUGGUAAAUUUGUGCAAAAUACUGCCAAGGGGAAAGAGGUAGGUGAUAUAGAGGAGGGGGCCAAGAACUGAGCCUUGA